ACAAAACCGUUCCGGUUUCUAGUUUCAGCUAAGUAGCUUUAAAGGUGUCACAAAAACUAGUAGCAUAUCUAUCUUCACUUCUCUCUCUCUCUAUUCCCCCCAUUUAUAAUAUGUUCCUUUCAAGGGACAUUGUGUACUUUUAUUCUCGUUAUUGUUGUUGUUCCAACUAAAGAACAAAAUGCAUCAUUUUAAUUUUUCUCCAAUAUAGUUUAAGCCUUUUUUUUUGAAUAGUUAUAUUUAUAGUUGUAUUAAUUUGUGGUGUUAUAUGGAUCUUGGUGUGGUGGGUUUUGAUGGGUUGGUGGGUUCAGAAGCUGGGUUUGUUCCAUUUGGAUCUGGGUUCCUUAAGCAUCAAAGAUCUGAAGAGGAGGUGAGUAAUAAUGAUCAUAAUAAUAGAAGAGGGGCAAAACUGUCAAAGGUUAAUAUUACUAGUGGUGAUGAUGAUGAUGAUGUCAUCACAACAACAACAUCAAAGGGAAUGUUGUUUUUUCAGAAUCAUCAGAGGAACAACAACAACAAUAGCUCUUGUUGUAGUGUGUUGUUGAGAUCUAAUAAUAAUAAUAAUAAUAAUAAUAAUAAUAAUAAUAAUAAUAAUAAUAAUAAUGGAAAUGACAAUGUUGCCAUUGCUCUGUUCAAACAAGAAGGGGAAGAGAAGAUGCUGAGUUUCUCAACAACACCAACACCAAAGUCAGAGACUUUGAUUGUGGAAAAGGCUUCUUCAAAUGCUACAUUGCACACUUCUUAUCACCCUUUCUCUAGUUACAACAUAAAUAAUAAUGCAGGUUACAAUAACAGUAAUUGGGGAAUGAUGAUGAUGGGAAAUAGGAGUAGUAAUAAUAAUGUGGGAAGAGUGGUAGGAGCUGCAUUAUUCACUCCCUCACAGUGGAUGGAGCUGGAGCACCAAGCACUCAUUUACAAGUAUAUCACUGCAAAUGUUCCUGUUCCUUCUCAUCUUCUUAUUCCAAUCACUAAAGCCCUUCAUUCCACUUCUCCAUUCUCUAACUUUCCUAAUCCACUUCUUAGACCCAAUCCUUUGGGAUGGGGAGGUUUCCAUCUGGGAUUCUCGAGCAGCACCGAUCCGGAGCCGGGUCGGUGCAGGAGAACCGAUGGGAAGAAAUGGCGGUGCUCGAGGGACGCAGUUGUGGACCAGAAGUACUGCGAGCGUCACAUGAACCGAGGCCGCCAUCGUUCAAGAAAGCCUGUGGAAGGCCAAUCAGGCCAUGCUGCUGCCGUCACCACCACCACCACCACCACAACCACCACUUCUAACUCAAAGCUAUUGUUGCCUAACAGCAACAAUUCAAGUUCUUCAUUCUCCAUUGUGGGGAACACUGCUUCCAACAACAACAGCAACACUAUUUCAUUUGGAAACUGCCAUGAACACAAGAAUGUUAUUCAGCAGCAACAGCCUGUUGCAUCUGAUGCUUCUGCUGCUAAUAAUAUCAGCAGGUUGGCUGUCGCAGGCUUAACACAGCCUAAUAUGGCUUCAAGGACGUCAUUGUGUCGUGGCCAUGUAUUGGGAUGUGACAUUGUUUUACGUUGGCAGUCGCACAAACCGAAAAACCCUUGUUUUUCCGGGCUUGAGACCGGCUAUGUGAACAUAGGCCGAGUUAGGUUAGAGUAUACUUUUAAAAAAGAAAAAGAUGUCUUGUGCAAUUUAACUUUUUAAAAGUGUUGUGAAAAUGGGCGACGUUAAUGUUCCUAUCCUUUUUUAAUUAUGCAAUAAUAAUUGAUGUGUUAAAUUGCACACAUUAUAUAUAUACCAUCUUUUUCUUUAUUUGGAAGCAACUAAGAAAUUCUCUUGGCACUCAUUCCUACCUCCUUAUGCAUGUUCCCUCUUUUAGUGUUUGUGUUUCAUCUUCUAAUCAAAGAAUCUAGUAUUUCUUGUUCAUCUUUUUGGUAGAUAGUGACUAAUCAAUUUUGACAUGGUGGUUCAUAUGCUUUUAAUUUUUCUUAAAAGAAAAAGAUGGUCUUAAGGCAUGUCAAUUUUUGUUUGUUACUUUACCCAUGUGUUUAAAGUGUUCCUUUUCAAUUAUGCAUUAUUCAGUGUUCUUUUAAACUGUUUUAUACUAAUAAUGUAUUAAAAUUAAAUUCAAGUUUUUAAUUACUAUAAUGCAGGAUGUUUAUGAAGAAAGAGAACAAUAAUGCAAAUGAGAGUUGUUCACUACUUCCAAUGCUACCACCAAAGGAAAACUGAUGACAAGUCAUCUUAGCCUAGUUUCACUAGUCUUUUUCUUUUGUUUUUAAUUGAUUUUAUGCACUUUCUUGAGCCAUAAGUAAGCCAAUUGGGUAGAAUUUCAUGUUUCCUUUGAUUUAAUCAACCAUGGAUGAAUUAAUGCAAUUUCAUGAGAUUUUGUGCUAUAAUUGUCAUAAAUUAUGAAAGAGAGACAAUCUCAUAAUUUUGAGCAUAGCUUUGAUGUUUUUGGUUGAUUGAUGAUAGGUGAAAAGAGCUUUGAAGAAGGUUGAAGAAAGAAGGAAUGGCAAGGAGUAAGAGAGAACAAAAAGCUUGUGCCAACGUUUGCCCUCAAGCUUUUAGGCAAACGUUGGCGCCACAACAAACACCUAGUGGAGCAAAAGCUUGCGCCAACGUUUGCCCUCAAGCUUUUAAGCAAACGUUGGCGCCAACGUUUGCCCUCAAGCUUUUAAGCAAACGUUGGCGCCACAACAAACACCCAGGGGAGCAAAAGCUUGCGCCAACGUUUGCCCUCAAGCUUUUAGGCAAACGUUGGCCAAGAGCAUUCAAGGGGGAUCCACGUUUGGCUCAAAGUUUGACCUCAAACUUUAGCUCAAACGUGGAUGACAGCACGGGAGGCUAGCUGAUAUGAAAAGCUUGAGCCAAAGCUUGCCCUCAAGCUUUGACUCAAGCUUUAAUGAUUCAUGGCCCGGUUCACAGGUGGGUUUCUCUCCAACUCCAAGAGCAAUCAACAGAGGCUUUUGUCAACCCAAUUCCAUCAAGAGCAAAGGCCCAAUUCAAGGUUUGAAGAUCAUUUGAAGAGAGUGUAUAAAUAGCUUAGAAUUUAAGUUUUUCGGAGAGCUUUCUUUUAGAAUUUUUCUUUUAGUAUUGCUGGGAGUUUUGGAAAGCUUUUGGGUUUUGAGUUGUUUGGAGAUUCUGAGUCUUGGGAAGAAGAAUUGAAUUCUCUUCCUCUUAGUUUUCUUGUUUUCAAUUUCAUCUACACUUUUCUUGAGUCUUGGGUGUUGAAGAAUUGAAGAAAUUCUGUCUCAAUCUCACCUUGAGAUCUCU